GGUGGGGGGGGGGGCUAUUCCCUCUUAUUUGCCGAAAUCCCUACUUAUUUGCGGUCUGGUUUCCCCGAUCCCCUGCUAAUUCGCUAUUUUUAUUUUUUUAUUCCCGAUCGCUCGCUUAUUUGCAUUUUCUUGACCUUAUCCCUGCUUAUUCGUGUAUUUUUUUCCUGUAGGGAAAAAAAAUUACUUUUUUUUUUUCAUGGCAGUUACAAUGAUCAUCAAUGAUUCACAUGUUUUUUUGGGGGUCCACUCCACUUAGUGUGAGUCCCCUAAACGUGUCCAACUCCCAACGUGUUGGCAUUUCUAAUUGCAUAUACUAUACCUUGACUUAAGAGUUGGUCAAGUUACGACCCGUCGCUUGGUUGAAUAUGUUUUUAUUUUUGGGGCUUUUAUGUUUUUAGCCAAAUUUGAUUAACACGCGAGUUUCAGACACACUGCCAUUCGAGUCGAGUGGGGCGGGAAAAAAAAAAAAAAAGAGAGCCACACACACUGAUACGCUUGCAGCUGUUCAUUGAACAGGGUAUCGGCAUUCAUAACCUGUAAAAAUAGCAAUCGUCAAGCAAUAAUAAUCCAUCGUUUGUUAGCGUGACCUGCUUAGUAGCCUAAUAAUCCAUUUAUUGCUCGGCCAAUCCCCGCUCGUCCACGUGGUGUGUUGCCGUUUGACUUGGCUGCGAUGUUCUGUCAAGGCAAAGCGGGAAGUGCUCGGAAUUUGAUACCUUUCAAGUUGAAGUAGUUUUGCCACAAAGUUUUUUUUUUUUGUUGUUUUUUUUUUCUCUUCCCUAGAAUUCGCUCAAAGGCCGCUUUUUGGAGAUCUUUCACAGUAGCUGUCAAACAAAAUAAAAAAAAUCAAGUAACCGACCCUUUCCGCAGCGUAAACCUGGCAAAUGAAAGGCGGCGGGAUGCUGCAAGGCGUCUCGCAGGUUUUGACGCUUGUGGUUUUGAAGCUGCUUCGAGAGCACGGAGUGACGGGCUGUACGCGUGCUGGCGCUCGGCGAGCCACCAGCCGCCGCGUGCGGUUUACUAGCAUUUGAACUAAGGAGGCAGAAAUACGCUCUUUACUCAAAUAGAAGUACACAUACUUGGUAAAAAAAAUACAUCUGUUUAAAGUAGAAGUUCGGAUUCAACACUUUUUGUUUGAAGUCCCUGUAAAGUGAAAACAAAUGUCUUGUAAAUUUGACACACCCGCCAAAUUUGAAUGAUUAAAAAAAAUUGCUAAGUCCAUAAAAAGAGGCUUCAAAAUCAAAAACUUCUCUCUGCUUUCUGAAAGGCAGCUGAAACCAUGCCCUGCUCAACUGUCAAGCAAAUACAAAUUUUCCCACCUGGAAAAACUACUGCAUGUUUGAUCCGUGAAAAUAUAGCUGCUUAAAGUCUGGUAGCUGGAAUAUAUUCCACUGGGUUGUUGCGGGGCUUUUCCAUGCUGCAACGAGGUGCUCUAAAGAAGCCAUGCCAGCACGAAGCCCCUGUCCACACGCUGGUUAGCAUGUCCGACUGUCCCCCCCCCGUUUGGAGUCAGCGGAGCGCCACGCAAGCUCGGCCGUCGCACCGUGUGCGACGUUCGUUUACGCGGAGGCGCCUGUAGCGCUCAAUGUUUCCUUUGUGCCCUCCACAGACGCCAUUUGGAGGGCACGAGCCUGUGUCUUCUAUUUGAGCUGAGCAGAUGGUCACAAUGUUGCAUUGAUGCCACGGCUUGAGUCCUGUCAGGUUGAGUUGGCGGCGUGCUGCGGUGCGUGUGGCGUUUCUGCUCACAAUUGCCCCUGUACCUCGCAAAGUUUUACUUUUUAAGUAUUGUGAAUGAAUCUCAUUAACUUCUCUUAACCGCUCCCUGACAUACAAAGAGCUUAGUCAGUCGAGAUGUCACUUUCGCGUACUUCCUUGACACUGUUUUCAACCGAUCAUGUUGAAAUCUAUUGCGUUGUUGUUACACGCAAACCCUGUUGAGAUUAUUAUUUUUUUUUUCCCCAGUUGAUUUUGUUGGCUUUCUGAUCAAAGCCGUAGAAGUAGGAUGUCUCGUGACAUGCUGCCUGUCAUAAUGUCAUCUGACGGCUGCUUCGCCACAGCAGAGUCCCAUUAAAACACAGCGCCGCUUAAUUCAAUUGGUCGGGUUGGCUGUAAACUUAUUGAAUGUGACGUUUAGGGAAUGUUUCUGCGCUUGUAAAGGUCUUUGUUGGAUCCUGGUGGUGCAGACGUUUGCUUGAACUCAACAUGACUUACAGUAUAGUAUACAUUUAUGUGUGUUAUCUUUUGACAGCUGCAACCUGAUGAUUGACAAGAGUAGCUUGUUAACGCGUCGGUGCCGGUCACACAGGUUUUUGACAAAUCUGUCUCCGUCUUUACUGAAGAGGUGUGUACGACUAUUAAACCCCCGUGAUUCUCGUGGGCAGCCUAAACCUCAGGUUAGACACUUCAUUUGGUUAAAGGAUUAGCCUGCUGAGCCUUUUAGUGCUAAGACGGUCGCAGAGAAAAUGGAACAUCUCUUUGCAUAGACGAGAAAACCACAAGCCGCCGCCUAGAACGCAUCCCCUAUCAUCACCGUGCUUGGCAGUGGAUUUCCCGCAUGACGGCGUUCCCUGCUGGGAUUUGGCUAACUCCCGUCACUAUCAGUAUCCGCCGCCUCUAAGCUCUGCCGUGCAUCGCAACGCCAGGCCAAACAAUCGCGCGGCAUCUCUCGUGAUUCCACAACCUUCCCCUGAGAGCUCCUGUGGGAAAGUGAAGCGGCACCAGACAGAGCAGCGAGUAAACGGGCCGAGGCUAGAGGAAAGUGAGCAGGGAAUAAAAGAAGGAGAAGAAAAAGAAAAACAGCAACAUGCAAUCAAACAGCAGUAGUCAGGGUGGAGACGAGGCGGACCGUGCCACGCAGGAGACCCGAGGAAAUAAUUAGCUGUCUGCACAAACGCACACGCAACAUGACUGACCGGAUGGGACUUUCCCCUCCGCACUUUUGAGGACAACCGUCAAGCCCCCCGCGGCCUCCAAGGUCAUCCGCCAAGGUCUAAGAUCGUCAUCACUUCACGCCGCAAGGGGUCCGUUCCCUUCAAGGGACUGCCGCCACCCCUCCCCCACUCGCACCCCCAUCCCGCCCGACACCGCAGGGCCCGGUCCCCCUGCCAUCUUCCGGCGACCGACCCCUCCCGAGCGGCGAAUGACAAGCGUGCAUCCGAGGGCGGGGCUUGCCUCAGUCUCUCGUGAUUGGCUGCUGGAUGGAAUUGAGGUGAAUGGAACACAUGCCCAAGGAGCAAGAGCCAAACCCACUCGAGGGCGAAGAGAAACGGUGGCUCAAUGGCCCAAAGAGGAAGAGGAAGAACAGCCAAUGUUCGGUUAAGAGUAUGACGGGGUACAUCCCCAGCUAUCUGGAGAAGGAUGAGCCAUGCGUGGUGUGCGGCGACAAAGCCACAGGCUACCACUACCGCUGCAUUACCUGUGAGGGCUGCAAGGGUUUCUUCCGCAGAACCAUCCAGAAGAACCUGCACCCCGCCUACUCGUGCAAGUAUGAAGGCUGCUGCAUCAUCGACAAGAUCACGCGCAACCAGUGUCAGCUGUGUCGCUUCAAGAAGUGCAUCGCAGUGGGCAUGGCCAUGGACUUGGUGCUGGACGACUCCAAGAGGGUGGCCAAGCGGCGUCUGAUCGAGGAGAACCGGGAGCGCCGCAAGAAGGAAGAGAUGGUCAAGACGCUCCAGAACCGGCCGGAGCCCAGCGGGUCGGAGUGGGAGCUGAUCCACUUGGUGACCGAGGCCCACCGGCACACCAACGCUCAGGGCGCCCAGUGGAAGCAGAAGCGCAAAUUCCUGCCGGACAAAAUUGGGCAGUCGCCGGUGGCGCCCACGUCUGACGGCGACAAGGUGGACCUGGAGGCCUUCAGCGAGUUCACCAAGAUCAUCACUCCCGCCAUCACGCGAGUGGUCGACUUUGCCAAAAAACUGCAUCUGUUCUCCGAGUUGCCCUGCGAGGACCAGAUCAUCCUGCUGAAGGGCUGCUGCAUGGAGAUCAUGUCGCUGCGGGCGGCCAUGCGCUACGACCCCGAGAGCGAGACGCUGACGCUGAGCGGCGAGAUGGCGGUCAAGCGCGAGCAGCUCAAGAACGGCGGGCUGGGCGUGGUGUCGGACGCCAUCUUCGACCUGGGCAAGAGCCUGGCGCAGUUCAACCUGGACGACACGGAGGUGGCGCUGCUGCAGGCAGUGCUGCUCAUGAGUUCAGACCGCUCGGGCCUGACGUGCGUGGACAAGAUCGAGAAGUGCCAGGAGACGUACCUGCUGGCGUUCGAGCACUACAUCAACUACCGCAAGCACAACAUUCCUCACUUCUGGCCCAAGCUGCUGAUGAAGGUGACGGACCUGCGCAUGAUCGGCGCUUGCCACGCCAGCCGCUUCCUGCACAUGAAGGUGGAGUGUCCCAACGAGCUCUUCCCGCCGCUCUUCCUGGAGGUCUUCGAGGACCAGGAAGUGUGACGGGGGGGGCGGGAGGAGGAAACGUGACAAAACAAAAAAAAAAAGCGUACAUUUCUGAACUGGAAAAGGACUCGCCAGCAGGAAGAGGGAGAGGAGCAAAACAGGAAAUAUUGGCGGCCCUUCUGUCUGAGCAUGCUGUUUCCUUUUACGCCAACACACACACACACACACAGAAACGGCAACCAUAGCUCCUCUCAGUAUUACGCUCAUGUUUCUCUGUAGCGUCGAGUCCGUUCACAACGGACCGGACGCGGAUUCCUCAAGUUAAUCUGAGCCGUUACAGUCCAUCCCAAGUGACACCGGUGCUAACGUUCUUCAGACUACUCCAGUUUUUUGUGUUGAACAUGGCUCCAUAUCAACCUCUUUUUUUGUUUUGUUUGUUUUUUGUUUGUUUUUUUAUUUUUAUUCCCCCCCUCCCGUUUUUUUAAAGUCAUCGGACCGGCGCCUGUGACACACACACACACACACACACACACAUACACACACACACACACACAGCCUCACCUCAGCGUAACGUGAAUGCCUCAUUGGCUGCCUUGCACGGUGGCUCGUUUUUGUGUUUUUUGUUCUUUUUCAUUUGGGGGUCCUAACCUGCGGGGACUUUACCGAGUCCUACUACAGACUUCCAUACUUUUGCCUUUUUUUUUUUUUUUUUUUUUCUCCUUUGUUCUUUCAGUUUGUUUUUAUCGUAUACAAAAAAAAAAAAAAAAAAAAGAGACAUCAUUGAGUGCAGGCGAAACAUGCCAAUAAAAUGGCGACCAUUUACCUCAAAAGUGGACACAUAACCCCCACUGGUUCCAGGCACUACCUCACCUCGAUACACGCGCGCGCACACACACCUCAGUGAUAUUGGUUGCAAAGAAAUACCACUGAAGAAGACAGGAGGGCCCACCAUCUUGCUCCAAGAUUUUUGUCUUUUUUUUUUUUUUUUUUUUUUUUAACAAAAUAUGGGACCAAGAGUCGUCUUUUUGAGAUUUUAAAUCCACACGGCAUACACAGACACACCUCAAAGAAGCGGAAAAAAAGGAGCGCUUGGACGCCACAUGGAGGAACGUGAAGCAAGGGAGCGUUACACCGUCUGUGUAGAAUACGGAAGUUCCACCAUGCGGACGCUGGGCGACGAACAGGAGCGUCACAAGUCCCCCCACCCCCGCCCACCACUGGACCCCCACCGCCACCGCCCCACUCAGCCAGGCCGGUGUUAGUUUUUUUUUGUUUUUGUUUUUUGUUUUGAGCGGCCUCUGUGUGACGGAGGCAGCGGGCUCAGCCCAGCACUCGCGCUCUCAGUAUUCGCGACCACAUCCAUCCACCGAUAAGGGGUGAGGGGGGGCGGGGCUCCGGCGCCACCUUUUUCCGAAGUAGGAAGCAGGGAGGGCCCCUCCUUGUGGGACAAGGCGGUCAUUACGGUCCGUUCUGAUGCCCUGGAGAUGGUGGGAUUAAAAAAAAGAAAAGAAAAGAAAGAAGUCCAGAAGAAGAGGGGAGAAGGUUGUGUGUGUGUGUGUGUGUAAGAGACAAAAGUUGUGAAGCUGCUUUAGACCAGCGGUUCUCAAACUUUCUGGGUCCAGGGAUCCCAUACAGGGGCCACACUUUCCCAAUAAUCCGAAUGUAAACAAAAGUACCACGUGUACCCACUAAAUGCCAUAGGAAUUCAAAUGUUUCCUAUUUAAGAUGCCUUUGUUCUCCCCCUAAAAAUAUGACCCUUUUCUUGCAAAAAGAAAUUACUGUAAUAAUACACCUUUUGCUCUUAAAAAAAUAUAUAUAUAUGUAUAUUCAUGCAGGAAUGUCAGACUUAUGGGAUGAUCCAUCACAAUCAUAUCAGAGUUUUUAAGUGGCCCUAAGGUAAGGAGUCGUCGUCGGUUUAUUUUUUUGUCCUCAUAUGCAGGCCUGCACUUUUAUAAUUGAUUGCAAAUUAUUUUGCGCUGGCCCAAGGAACGGCUUAUUGGACCCCGCGGGGAUCCGGGGACCCCAGUUUGAGAACCACUGCUUUCAGCGGGUUUAGCAAAAGAAACUAUAUUGAUGAUUAUAAAUCCUUUAAAGAAAGAAAGAAAGAGAGAGAUGUCUUUAAAAGGACUCUUGAACAAAAAGUUUCCCUUGUUUUCUCGUUGCUUUUAAGCUGGCGGGCAGGGAGGGGAAAACAAAGAGCUGUCGUCACUUUCGGACCACGCGUGCAGUGUAACCGCCAUCUUGUUUGUCUGUGUGUGUGUGUGUGUGCGUGCGUGCGUGCGUGCGUGUCGUCCAUCCCGUACCCCUCCCCUCAGCACCCCUUUUAUCAGGAGCAAUUUACAACCGACAAAACAGAAAAAUGACCUUGUUUUUUGUUGUUUUUAUUUGUAUUUUUUUUAUGAUGAACUAUGUCUUUGGAGAAAAGGAAAAAAAAACAAAAACAAAGUGUGUGUGUGUGUGGGGGGUGGGGGGGGGGGGAUUGCAGAACUGAAACACGAUGUCGUCAUACCUCACCCACGGGCAAGUCAAAAGGAGCGCGGGAGGCGGGAGGGAGUCUUAUGUUUUGUUGCAGGCACACGUGAACGCUUCGAAAACAAAACAACAGCGUGUCCACGCCAGUCGUGCGCUUUGUUGUGUGUUCAAGUCGCAAAACUGCACCGCCACCCUCACACCUUUUGCGCAGCCUGCCGCGGCGGGUCCAGGGUGGUCUUGGUUUUGCCGUGGCUGAGUGUUUCUGGUAUUGAAUGUAGCUGAUGGGAGUACCAGCAGAGAGGAUGGCGCACACACACACACAAACACACCUGCGCUGUUGUUUGUGUGUCCCAAUUGUUGGCUGUUCAACGCUGCCAACCCGUCCAAUACAUUUACUGACGUCACCUGACCACCCCCGCCACCCCCCCCCCCCCCUAACCUCCCCCUUCCCCAACCCGCUGUCAUACAGGCUUUGUGUGUGCAUCUGGGGUUUAGUGAAAUGCAAUGUUUUGUCGACACGCUUCGAUGUCUAUGAUGCAAUUUCCAUCCAAAGUGAAACAUCAUCUCAAUUCUGUGGUUACCCAAUCUGCGCGUGGAACGAAAGCUGUUAACAAGCUGGGAAAAAAAAAAAAAAAAUACAGUCCCUGAAGCUAGUCACGCUUAGCAACAUGAAAUUUGGAAGGUGAGCCCAUGUCAUGAAACAAAUGGCAAGUCAGCCAUUUUAGGAGGUCCUUUGAAUUUUGUGAAAUGUCAGUCCCUGAAGCCACGGUCAUUUAUCAGCAUGUAAGUGGGUACGCAAAGAAAUUCAGACCCCCUUAAAUUUUUCAUAUUGCAGCCAUUUGCUAAAAUAAUUUAAGUUCAUUUUUUUCCUCAUUGACGUACACACAGCACCCCAUAUUGACAGGAGAGAGAAAAACGGAAUUGUUAAACUUUUUGCAGAUUUAUUGAAAAAGAAAAACUGAAAUAUCACACAGCCAUAAGUAUUCAGACCCUUUGCUGAGUAUUUAGUAGAAGCACCCUUUUGGGAAUGAUGUAACAUGGAUUUGGGGAUCCUCUGCCAUUCCUCCUUGCAGAUCCUCUCCAGUUCUGUCAGGUUGGAUGGUGAACGUUGGUGGACAGCCAUUUUCAGGUCUUUCCAGAGAUAUGUGAUAUUUCUGUUUUUCUUUUUUAAUAAAUCAGCAAAAAUGUCAACAAUUAAAUUUUGUUUCUGUCAAUAUGGAGUGCUGUGUGUACAUUAAUGAGGGGAAAAAAUGAAAUUCAAUUAUUUUAACAAAUGGCUGCAAUAUAACAAAGAGUGAAAAAUGUAAGGGGGUCUGAAAACUUUCCAUACCCACUGUAAUUUGGUAGACGUGUGUAUCAUGACAAGGCACACAAAGUAUGAAGACGUCAGGCCCCAAAAGACGCUUGGAGUCUGCCGUUGUAGUUUGGAGAGGCCCGUUCAUGGAGGUCAUUUGAAUUAUUUGAAAAUUCAGCCCCUAAAGCCAGUUUUAGCUAGCAACAUGAAAUUUGGUAGACAAGUCUAUAAUUGUUCAACCCACAGAAAAGUCUCAAGAUUCCAAACCCCAAAACACACAGGACGUCUGCCAUUUUGGUUUGCCAUUUAAGGCUCAUUUUGGUCAUUUCUGGGGUCCUUCCGAGUUGUUGGAAAUUCAGCCCCUGUAGCCACUUUUACUUAGCGACAUGAAAUUUGGUAGGCGUGUCUAUCAGAAGUAGACUCACAAAAAGGUCUCAAGGAGCCAAAACCCAAAAUACACAGAAACCAUGUGUCCGUUUUAGGAUCUUUUUAUCUAUUGCCGAUGUCCUUUAAAGACGGACCAAUCCUGGCGAUUUUGUCCGAUUGCUAACAAAUUUGAAUCACGUAUACUAGACAGAUGGAAACUGCAAAGAAUUGCAGAUUUUGUUGCGUAUGCGUUUUGGGUAACCACCCACGGCAAUGGGCCCGAGUUGACCUUUAGCCCCGCUGCUAAACAGGAUGUUGUUUUGUCAUUUGUGUGUGUGUGUGUGUGUGCGCGCGCGCCACAUUGUACUUGUUGCUCUCGGUGGGCGGCUGCCCCCCGCCCAAAAAAAAAGGAAAAAAAAGUCUUAGAUUGAAUUCCCCACCUCUUUGAGACAUGUACGAAGCUUUAAAGUUUUCUACCCAGCGACCAAGUUCAUGUAAAACGCACGCGAACGCACGUGAUUGGCAAUCACAGAUGUUAAUUUAGCGGCAUGUCACCAACACCCAAUGAAAAGCACUUAACUCACAAGCACUUUGAACGCGUGCGAGCGUCUGGACAAAGACGAAGAAAAAGAUCAUAAUUUGACGAGGCAAAUGUGAUUUGCGCACGUUUGGAUUUUGACUUUUGUAACAAAGUUUACUAUUAUUUUUAAAGAAGUGCAAUAGGCGAGCCAGUCUUUUUUUUAAUUUUUUAAUUUUUUUUUAAAGCACUUCCACGCAUGAAUAAUCAGCAAAACAAUUCUUGUCCGCCCACCUGAGAGCAGCAAGGCCACGCCCACUUACACACACACGCACAUAUAAACACACGCAUGCAAGCGCGCACACACAACACUACUUGUGACUGGGUAAUGAAAGCUGUGGAAGGAUUCUCUCAGGUACAAAAUAUAUAUAUAUAUAUAUAUAAUUUUUUUUUUUAAUAAAUAUGAUGAGCCUUAGAUGGACACCAACUUUUAUUUUGUUUGUCCUCGUCAUUCAAUGUGCAGCGAAUCCUCUCCAGUGCUCCGCUCUCCCCCCACGUGUCGCAAUGUCAAACAUGUCCGUGAAGUAGCAUUGUUGCCUAAAUGUGUUUUCGUUUCUUCACUGCAUGGAGAAAAAAUAUAUUUUUUUUUACAGUACAUCUGGAAAGUAUUCAAUUUUAUUUAAUUUUUUUCUUUUUCCCCUCCUCAAAUUAAAAAAAAAAAAAAAAUUCUCAAAAAGUGAAGCGCUGUGAAUACUUUUCGGAUGCACUGAGUGCAACUGGAAUGCUUCACUUUUUCCACAUUUUAUGAAGUGCUACUAUUUCACUUUGUUGUUGUUGUUGGGGGGGACAUUACAAAUGAAUCAAAUAAUUAGAAAUGAUUGUGAUUUAAGGAUUUUACUGUCAUGGUCCAUUUUGAACCUCUUUUUUUCUUCCCUGUCGAGAAUGAGAUGAUACUGUUCCUGCAAGUCAUGAAUCAUAUCUGGAAUUUUUGUACAAUUUUUUUUUUUUUAAUAUUUGUGUGCAUGCCCGUCUAGCGACCUCCCCUGCCACCCCCUCCUCCCCCCUCGCCCCACACCCCCGUCUUCCUUCCAAGCACCUUUUGAGGCCCGUCCCAAGUGUGCCACCCUUUGGAGGAAUGUACCUAAUCAUGUGUCCGGUGCGAUUCGGGCCAAACUCGUGAACAAUUUCACGAGUUCCGAGGCGGUGGUAAUGAUGAGAGCGCGGGUCGUGUUUAAGCGUGUCGCUGUGGAGAUUUAAAAAAAAAAAAAAGCAUGCAGGAGAUUAAGUGAUGUCAAGAUGACGACGUCGGGUGCCAAAAUAAUAAUAAUAAGGACAGUUUAGAUUUACGAUGCUCCAUUAUAACUCAUGCAGGUGGAUUAUACUGUUGACUACGUUAUGAGCAGCAUGUUAGCGUAGGAGUAGCGCGUCGAUAACCCGCCGUCACGUCUUGUGAAAUUGUUAUUGACCAAUCCGGCCGACGUCUUCAAAUAAUCCCAAUGCAAUGAUAUUACGUAUGCAAAUAGAAGUCCUAGUUAGAACUAGCCGAAUGCUACCUCGUGUUAGCUGCUAAUGCUAUCUGCUCUAUUAUUGAAAGAGAAACAGCUAAAUAUGUGUAGUAUACGCUAAUAAAACUUGAAUAGCUAACUCACUUCAAGUCUGGCUGCAUUUGAAGGCCUACAAGUGCCAUGCAAUGGUUUUCUGUGCCAUUUUAUUUUUGCACUGUUGGUAUACUAAUGAAAAUAUAAAGCUUGUUGCGGUCUUAAAUUCUUACUUGUCCCAAUUCGAAGGCUCCUCCGAACGUGGCCGUCUAUUUCGGUUUCAUUUUUGGAGGAUAAGCCACGGUUAUCCUUCGAACUACUUAUUGAACCAGACCAAUGGUUCCCAACCUUUAUUGAGCCAAGGCACAUAUUUUACAUUACAUACAAAAAAGUCCAUAUUCUAAAUGUAUAUACUGAUGACCUCGUCACAAUCCAAUCACAAAUGUAUAGUGUGAAAUCUGGGCCUGUUUAGUUGAACACAGCUCAUAUUCUGUUGUAUGAAUAGUGACCUGAAUUCAUAAGUUCAUUGUUCUGCCUGGCGCUGGCAUAGAUGGAGGAAGAAAGAUGCAUUAUUUGUAAUAAAUAUAUAAUACUUUUAGGACCAAUGAAGUGAAAUUGGGUAGUUUUUGCUCCUGAUGAACUCCUGAUACAGUGGUUGGGAAUCAUUGAAAUAGGAAUAGAUUCGCUGGGUACUUCAGCUUCAAUUUGACAGUCAACCUGUGGACCGGGGAUUCGCACUGGCAUGGUUGCUUUAGAGCGCCUCGUUGUCAGCAGUGAAUGCGCGCAUCACACACGGAGGAAGGACAAAGAGGGGAGCGGGAGGAAACAAAAUUUCCAAAGUCCGAAUUGACAACCCUGCGUGUGGACCGGGACUUCAGGCUGCCGUGGCAGCUUUAGAGCGCCUCGUUGUUGCGGCGUGGAAAAGCCCCACGAUGACCUGGUGAGACCCGGUGCGCCUGUCCCUAUUUAGGUAUGCAUUUUUGAAAAAUCAAAUGACAUACUUUCUUGAGAUUAUUUUUCAGACCCCAGUUUUGCGAACCACAAGAAUGUUCUCCAAUUGAGAAUUGUAUGCACGGUUUAAAAGGAGGAUGACAGACGUCGUUAGCGGCUGGGAAUUAUCAUGCCAAGACAGCUAAGAAUGUACACAAAUGAGAGAUAUGAGAGUAUUAUCUGGAGAUGCUUUGAGUGCUUUACAUAUGCAAAUGUUUGUCAGGUGGAAAGUUUAUUUAACGGUUGCUCAGCUCAGGUAAGAAAAGACGGGCCUCGAAGGGUGUUCUCUUCACUUCCAUCUCGUUUGUGUACCCCCUCGCAAACGACAUCCGCCACAAACGCACGCACGCACGCACGUCCGUCCUCAGUCGUAUGCAAAGCCGGGAACCCAAAUGAAGGGAUGUCGAAAGCAAACAAACACUCUGUAGCAGGUCCGAGCCGCCUCACACGACACCAGCAAAGUCCAAACACCUCUCCAGACCUCACGUCCACCCGAGACGACGUCUUGUUGUUGUUGUUGUUCGCUCACGCCGUUUGCCACACGGGGACAGACGACGCUCGCGUGCUCGUCAUUGAUGUUUGUGUGUCGCACUAACGUUGUACUCAAGUGUGUGUCCGCUGUUUUGCAUACGAGAAAAAGACGCCGACCCCAAUGUGCGGCCUGCAGCGUAAACUCUGCUGUGUUUCAACGCAUCUGCAAAUGUCAAAGCUCUUCUUUGGGAAAGUUCUUGCUUUUUCAAAAAAAAAAAAAAAAAAAAAAGAAAUCUGCUUCACAGAAACCACCUCGCAGAUAAGGUCUCCAGUCCGUCCCAAAGGCAGUGUGACCACGACCUGACCCUGCACGCACUCAGGGAGGUUAGGAAGGUGCCAAAGAACGUGAGGUGUGUCAGGAUGGCAGGCUGACCUUCUCAGAUUGCAAAUGAAUAGAAAUAAGUGAAAAGGAUCCUAAAAAAAAUUUUGUAAAAAGUGUUCCAAGAAGAACAUCCACUUUGUGUGUGGCUGAGGAGGUUUUCAUGUGGUUGGCAUCCUGUGAGAAAACCUUGAAAUUGGCAAAUCAAGAGUCGUAAAAGUUGUUCACCUUCUCCUUUCACACAGAACUCAGCAAAAGCAGGAUAUUGCCUCGUCUGUGUGCAAGUUUGUUCGCCAUGUGCGCGAAACAUGUCACUGGCGUCCCGGGAGAAAUCCUUAAAAUUGGCCCAUCACGAGACAGAACAGCAUGAAAGUUGUUCACCUUCGCGUUUCACACAAAACCCAGCAAAAGCAGGAUAUUGCCGCAUCUGUUUGCAAGUUCGUCUGCUAUGUGUGCAAAAAAAAAAAAAUGUAGUUGGUAUUCUGUGAGGAAUCAAAAAUUGUCUCAUCAAGAGUUAUAACAGUAGAAAAGUUGUUCGCCUUCACCUUUCACACAGAACCUAGCGAAGCAGGACAUUGAAGUAUCUGUGUGCAAAUUCACACUGCAAUAUUUCGCCAUUAAAUAAUUCAAAGUCACUGUUCGGUGUGUUUGCAAAAUUGCCCCAUUGUCUUUCACACAAAACACAGCGAAUUGGGACAUUGCUGUAUCUUGUGUGCAGUCAGAUAGAAUUGGAUGUCAACUCUGGGCUUUGUGUGAAAUUAGCGCAUCAGAGCUGGGAUUUAGCCACCUUUCACACAGAACACAGCCAACCAAGACAUUGGUUCGACUGUGUUCGAGUUCACACAGCAACAGGGCAAUAUCCCGCAAUCGGGUCAUUGUAUGUCAUCUGGUAUGUGCAAAUUUGGGGAAUUAUUGGCCUGUGUCUUUCACACGGAACCCAGCGAAGCAGGACGUUGACAUGUCUGUGUGCCAGCGUCUGGUGCGACAUAUUAAAUAAGCGUCGAACAAGUGAACAACAUGGCGGAAGAGGCGAAUGUUGGGUUUUAAAAGUUUGCCGUGAACUCCUUUCACACAGCCGCAACUCUGCUUUGAGUAUUACCUCAGAAGCCUUUCACACGGAACAUCCACAAUUCAGUUUUGAGGGUUAGUGUGAAUGCGGGCUAAGCGGAACACUAGGGAGCUUUCUCGCCUCAAUGUCAUCAGACGCUAGUCACAAAGGUGCACAGAGUCCAUGUUGACACUUGUCAAGUUUUCAAUCUUUCAGGAAUUGAGAAUCAAAUCUCAGCAAUUGUAUUUUUUUUUUUUUACUUUUCUUGAUUGCGCAAGUGAGACGUGUGUCAACAUGGAAAAAAUAAAAAUAAAUAAAAACAUUUUCAGGAUGUGUUGGAGCAAAACAAAAACAUGCAAAUAAGCAUCAAACAAGAAAAACAAGAAAAUAUAAGCAGGAAAACGGCCGCCAAUCUACUGUGACGUCCUCAUAACACCACAACAACACGCUGGACCCUCUCCCACUUGCACCUGACCACCACCACAAACACACACACACACACACCUACCUCCCUCGUAAGGGUGGGGGUCAGGUCAGGUGUGUGUGUUGGUCCAUGUGUGACAAUCAGCGUGUUUGUGUGUAAAAUGUCCAUAUGUUUUUGUUUAAAAAAAAAAAAAAAAAAACUGUAGGUCAGGAUUUUCAAAGGAAGAUAUUUUUAUGGUAAUUGUCGCUGGUCUAUUUUAAUGAAAUAUUUAUGUAAUAAAUAUGUGACUUAAGUGACUUCU